AUGAUGUGUGCGGUUGACGCGGAGAGAAGUGGCGCUUGGUCCACUGAGGCCAAAAAUGUGUGCGUGUCCACGAUCUCGCAGGGCGUGGAUGUGGACACGCUCGCCGCUCGUGGUGGCGCGCCCCAGUGUGGCUGCACGGCCUACGACCUCGGCCACAAGCCAUGCCCGCACUCCCCGAGGGGCGGGAUUCUGGCACUGCGUGCUGUACAGGCUGGUCGCUGGCAGGAGGUACCCGCGCCCCCGCAGUUGCGGAUGGCAGCGAGGACGGAGGCCGGGGGUCGUCGGCAGCCCUCGGGGCCCGAGAGCAAGGGCACAGGAGCUCACCGUGGGCGACCGUGA